AAACUAUUUCAAGGGUCAGGUCUGUACCUGAACUCAUGGUCACAGGACUUGGUGGAGGAGUGCUGGUGAGCUCAUAGGUUUGGUGCCUGAAGGUUGCUUUGCUCAGACGUGGAAGGCCUUGCGAGUCAUGGACCGCUACAUGAUCCAGACAAACAAUGACAGCCUGCCUUCAGUUCUGGAUGUGCAUGUCAAUAUUGGUGGGAGAAGCUCGGUGCAGGGAAAAAUGAAAGGCAGGAAGGCCAGAUGGAAUGUAAGGCCCUCUGACAUGUCCAAUAACACCUUUAAUCCCAUCCGGGCCAUCGUGGACAACAUGAAGGUGAAGCCCAAUCCAAACAAAACUGUGAUCUCGCUGUCAAUUGGUGACCCUACUGUCUUUGGAAACCUGCCUACAGACCCUGAAGUUACGCAAGCCAUGAAAGAUGCCCUGGACUCAGGGAAAUACAAUGGCUAUGCCCCAUCCAUUGGCUACCUGUCCAGUCGGGAGGAGGUCGCUUCCUAUUAUCACUGUGCUGAGGCUCCCCUGGAAGCUAAGGAUGUCAUUCUGACAAGUGGCUGCAGUCAGGCUAUUGAGCUCUGCUUAGCUGUGUUGGCCAAUCCAGGACAAAACAUCCUUAUUCCGAGACCCGGGUUCUCCCUCUAUAGGACUUUGGCUGAAUCUAUGGGAAUUGAGGUCAAGCUCUACAAUCUAUUGCCUGAGAAGUCUUGGGAAAUUGACCUAAAACAACUGGAAUCUCUGAUUGAUGACAAGACGGCUUGUCUUGUUGUCAACAACCCCUCAAAUCCCUGUGGUUCUGUGUUCAGUAAGAGGCACCUUCAGAAGAUUCUGGCAGUGGCUGAAAGGCAAUGUGUCCCCAUCUUAGCUGAUGAGAUCUAUGGUGACAUGGUGUUUUCCGAUAGCAAAUAUGAACCCCUGGCCACCCUCAGCACCAAUGUCCCCAUCCUGUCCUGCGGUGGGCUGGCCAAGCGCUGGCUGGUUCCUGGCUGGAGGUUGGGCUGGAUCCUCAUCCAUGAUCGAAGAGACAUUUUUGGCAACGAGAUUCGAGAUGGGCUGGUGAAGCUGAGCCAGAGGAUCCUGGGGCCGUGCACCAUUGUCCAGGGAGCCCUGAAGAGUAUCCUUCAGCGGACCCCUCAAGAGUUUUACCACGACACUUUAAGCUUCCUUAAGUCCAAUGCAGACCUCUGCUAUGGGGCAUUGGCUGCCAUUCCUGGACUCCAGCCAGUUCGCCCUUCUGGAGCCAUGUACCUUAUGGUUGGAAUUGAGAUAGAACAUUUCCCAGAGUUUGAGAAUGAUGUGGAGUUCACAGAGCGGUUAUUUGCGGAGCAGUCUGUUCACUGCCUCCCGGCGACGUGCUUCGAGUACCCCAAUUUCUUCCGAGUUGUCAUCACGGUUCCCGAGGUGAUGAUGCUGGAGGCUUGUAGCCGGAUCCAGGAGUUCUGUGAACGGCAUUACCACUGUGCUGAGGGCAGCCAGGAGGAGUGUGACAAAUGACGUGUGCCCACACGCAUCCUCCUGAAGACGCGCACCCUCACGCAUCCUCCUGAAGAUGUGCAUCCUCACGCAUCCUCCUGAAGAUGUGCGCCCUCAUGCAUCCUCCUGAAGAUGUGCGCCCUCACGCAUCCUCUGAAGACGUGCGCCCUCAUGCAUCCUCCUAAAGAUGAGUCUCAUCCAAAGAGGGCUGCACUGGGCUGUUCCCCCUCAGGGAGUCAGGUGUCCACCCAGUCACAUCCAACACACACCCAGAACCCCAAAUUUUUCCCUCACUCGACUCUGCUGGAGGGACCCAGGAGUUCAUUUCACGCCUCCCUCCCCCCACAGUUUAUAGCUUCCUUAUCCUGAGAGCACCAGGCAAGCAGGUUUACCAGAAAGAAGGUAGGACAAGAAAAGUGACAGGUCAGGAUGGGAGAACCGGCAUGAUUCCCACGCUGUCAGGAGCAUCCUCUCCACCUGGGUCCCAGGUCACCUCUGGGGCUGCCUCACUUAAGACUGGCCUCACACUUUUUACUGUAGAGCUACACCGGAAGGAAUGUGAAUUCGGUUAACUGUCUUCUCAGUACAUUAGCAAACUAUUUAAAGGGUCCUUGGCAGAAUUUUUUUUUUUUUUGGUAAAGAAUUAUUUUGCGGCGCCAAUAAAUGCCAGCUUCCUAACUGAUCGGCUUCCUAAGUUUAGAUUCACUUGCAUCA